ACGAUGGGAAUAUGGGAUCAUCGCUUAUAGACCCGAAAAGCCCAAAUCAGGAUACCAUAAGCCAUUGAACGGUUAAGAUUAAUGAAAUCUAACACACGUGUGCGGCUGAAAAUGCAUUGACGGUUAAGACCCUCUCUUUUCUAUUUCGUAAAUUCACAAUUUAGGGCUUGCAAAAUUUUCACUCAGUUCAAAUAGUUGAAAAAACUUGUGAUUUUUGAGGUGAUGAUGAUUCUUUUUCGGUGAAUUUGAACUUGUUUUGUAAAGCAUUUGUAGCUAUCAGAUUCGUUGAAGCAAUAGCUGCAAGAUGUCUUUCCAUGACAAGGAUUUUUGGAUACCUAAAUGUGGUGGUCAUCUAGCUGAUGGAGAAGCAGUCUUUGAUAGCUCAUCAAGAAUUGAUGUGAAACGUGCUCACCAGUUGUUCUCCAGUGCUGCUGAACCAGAGUUAUUUCCUAACAAGAAACAAGCUGUCCACACUUCACUCGGCAAAUCAACUUCAGGAUUUGCAGUGACAAAUUCCACAUGCUGGGAGACUUCUUCUGGUCUUCAGUCAGGGGCAAACCAAUUCAUUGAUGGGCUGUUUGGAGUUGAUACCACCAGACCGGUUGACUUGACCGAGAGAAGCAUAUCUCCUGGUAACACAAGGAACUCCACCAUAAGGAAAAAGGUGAUUGGUGACCUAAUUGGAGAUGAUCCAGUAGUUGGUUUAUCAAUGUCUUAUACUAUUGAAGUACCACGGAUAUGCAUAAGCGACACUAGAAUAAGAGAAGUUAAUGUUAAUCAGGUGGAGGAUUCUGAAAAUGCUUUUCAUUCACCAAUCGAAAACAACAUUAAUAUGUCUAUCAGUCAUUUUCAUAAUAAUAGGGCAAGUGAAACAUCAUUUUUAUCCAUGGGUCAGGCAUAUGGGAAAGAAGGUGAAAGUCAAGCCUACAAUCCUGGGGCUAUAAGUAGUAGAUCCAUUGGAUUCAAUGCUGACAAAGGUCACAGCACUACACCAAUUGCUGACUCCUAUACCAAAGGGGAUUCCGACACAAUAUUUGGAUUUGAAUUGGUGUCUGAUAUUGAUGCUCUGGCAAGGCCAAUUAGCAGUUACGAUUAUUUGCAUUAUCAAUCGUCAGUUCACACAUCAGAAACACAUUGUGACAAUCAGCUGGAUGGAUCACAUGCUAAUGCAGUUGAUAUCUCCUCUCAGACAUCAAAACCUAGGACUGAUUCCAUGCCAAAAACCAAAUCAGAAUCUAAACCUGCACAGAGAGGUGCUCCUAACAGCUUUCCUUCGAAUGUUAGAAGUUUGUUAGCAACGGGAAUUCUUGAUGGGGUACCUGUAAAAUAUGUCUUGUCCCGGCAGGAGCUUCGCGGUAUUAUAAAAGGUUCUGGCUACCUAUGUGGGUGUCCACCAUGUAACUUCUCAAAGGUGCUCAAUGCCUAUGAGUUUGAGUGCCAUGCUGGUUGCAAGACGAAGCACCCUAACAAUCACAUAUACUUUGAGAAUGGAAAAACCAUCUACCAGAUAACCCAGGAGCUAAGGAGCACUCCACAAAGUUUGUUGUUCGAAACAAUUCAAACCGUGACUGGUUCCCCCAUCAAUCAAAAAGCUUUCCAGGUUUGGAAAGAAUCAUUUCAAGCUGCAACUCGAGAGCUCCAGCGGAUAUAUGGGAAGGAAGAAUUGAAUCUGUAAGUUCAAUGGGAAGGAAGAAUAUUCUGUUAGUGUAAAUAAGAGACAAAUAACUUACUUUAGUGUAAGGAAUGUUAUGAAAAAUAUUUGCAUUAUAUGCUUCGGCAGCUGUAAUUUAACAGUGCAAACGUUUAUGAACAAAUCUGUGACAUAUAGAAUAGAGAUUGCCAUGACAGCGUCAAUGUUCUAUUUUCUCUUUUUGAGAUUGCAUCAACAAAAUUUGAAGUUCACUUGUUUGAUAUGAUUUCCUAUUUACAUCAUGUAAUUUUCAAUCAUAAGAACAAAAGGUAGCUUUUGACACCCAGCCCCCACAACCAUGGACACACAUUCAGCCAAAAGUGGAAAACAUGUUAAAGCUAAUUGCCAGCUCCGUCCAGAAAUUAAUUAAUUCCAAUUUCCAUGUGGGCUUAAUCAAUCUGUCUGCAACUAGAUGAAAAGAUACAUCAUUGGUGCAUUGCUUAUUAAUACGACAAGAAAGCAAAGACAAAAACAAUUGAGGCAUCCUCACCCUCCACUACAAUUUGUAUGAGAGAAACUUGAGAAUAAUAAGUGUGUGACAAUGCGUUGUCCUAAUUAACGACACCACAUGUCAUUUAAAGUGAUAAAGUAUGUACAGUACUUGUUAAGACAUGGGUUUUCACUCUCCAUGGAAAACCAAUAAGUACUGUUCGUCCAAAGUGAUAUCACUACUCACAAGGACAAGGUUUAUUCCAUGUCAACAUUAUGAGCUAACAUUUGCUAAGUUUUUUAAACUCCAAUAAACUGAAAGGGUCCUUAAAAAAACAUUAAUGGGAAUGAAUAUACACGGAACAUAAAGGACACCUAUGGAAGCCAAAUUAAUUAAUUGGUUCAUUAGCCAACAAAUAUUGAUUUGUUUUGAAUAUGAAUAUGAAAAAGAAAGGAAAAAAAAGGGGGAAGCAUAUGCUUAGAAGAUCCUCUCUCCACCAAGUAGCAACUACUUUUUUAAAGUUGAAAUAAAAUAGGAAUGCUAUGCACUAAUCCCCUUCUUUUUUCUUUAAAGAUCCUCCCCACCUCCCAUUCUUUCUCCUUCAGUUUUUCUCCUUUCCCAGUUCCCACAACAAUGGAAAAUCAAAAGGAUGACGAUGUUGAUGAUGACGAUGAUGAUGAUGAUGGUUUUCCAUGAUGACACAUGCAUCAUCAAGUAUGUUUUUCUGGGCAACUACUAAACCCUUUGGCAAUGCAUUAUUAUGCAGUUACAAGAUAUAGUACGUACUAUUCUUACCAGUUAUCAAGAUUCAAGGCUCUUUUCUUUACAGAAACAUAAGUAGUUUUUUAAUCUUUUCUGUUAGAGGGGAACUUUUCUUUCUUUACUAUUUUUCUGCUUUACAUUUUUGGUGCAUCCAAAUUUAGCUACAAUGAAUGGGAAUGUAAUAUUCACUAAGAAGUUUUCAAUCAUUUCCUUGGAUCUCAUGUUUCGAUCUUGAUGUAUCUUUAAGCAUACUUACUUGAUAUAAUCUAUCUACAUUAUUUGAUAUUAUUUGUA